GCGAGGGUAGUUUCGUAAGCGUUCGUCGAAAUCGUGUCGACAGUGUGGAUAUAUUUUCAACCAACGACGACGGUUGCGGUUCAGUCCGCACGAUUGAUUUCGAUGUUUCUAAUUAUUCCUAACGACUCCGAUAUCCAUCGCAGUUCGUCACCGGUGUUGUGCGCAUUCGUAGUGCAUGCCAUCACAGCGCGAUGACGAUCUAUUCAAAUGAAUCUUUGAACGCUAUAUUGAAUAUGAUGCACCAGGUUUAUGAUAGAAACCACAGUGUUAUGUAUCGCCAGCAGCAGAAUCAAGUCGGCGGUAAUCAGCAGCACCAGCAGCAACAACUUCCGGCGCCGCAAAUGCAGCAGCAAUCCAUGCAACAGGUUCAGCCACAUGCCGCGGUUGCCGUUGCGGCCACCACGAUUGACGGUGCUCAGUCAUACUGGAACGGACAUUCGCGUAGAAUACACCCUAGGCCACCAUUGUUAUUCUCUCAGGCCAGUUCGUUUUCCUCGCAAUUCUACAACGCUCACGAGACCUUCAUACCCGCAUGGCCGACAACUUAUUCGCCGACACUGACCGGCUAUCUGCAAUAUCCAAUGCCAUCGCCGUCGCAGCCGCAAUCGUCGUACUGCCAGCAACAACUGCCGUCGCAACACGCGCAGCUUGCGCACACACCGCCGCAUAGUUUGCAACAACAUUCGCCACCGAACCACUUGCAGCAACAUUCGCCACCGAACCACUUGCAACAACAUUCGCCACCGAACCACUUGCAACAACAUUCCCCGCAACAACAGCAGCAGCAGCAGCAGCAGCAGCAUAUUCACCAGCACGCAUUGCCGCACCCGCAUAUGCAGGAUCACUCGCCACCGUAUCAGCAUUCGUCGCCCCAACACUAUCAACAGCAUCUCUCGCCCCAGCAACACAUGCAGCAACACUCGCCGCCGCAGCACUUCCAGCAACAAUUGUCACCAUCGCGAUCGUCACCGGAGCAGCAGCACGUGAACGGCCAGCAAAUAGUGCAAUGGAACAUGAACAACGAGAACGGCGCAAUGGGAGUCAUGCCAAUAACUACCGCUAUGAACGGCCACGCAAGUAGCUCUAGCAGCCACUAUACCACAACGCCUACAACGUCGCCCAAUAAUCUCAAUGUAUCAUACGCGAGUGGCAGUAUGAACGUGCCGUGCACUGCUGAUAAUAUGAAUCUGCCGUCUACAUCCGGUAUCAAUCUGCCUACAUCGUGCAUUAAUCUACCGUCUACAUCUGGCAUCAAUAUGCCUUCAACGUCAGGCAUGGAUUUACCAUCGACAUCGAGAAAUAAUAGUGAGAUAAAUAUGCCGUCCACAUCUCGACGGCAGGCAUGCCCCAAAACGGAGCGGAGAAGCCCGUACGGAUGGAUGAAGAAACCAUCAUAUCAGAGUGAACCAAAGCCAGGAAAAACCAGAACCAAAGACAAAUAUCGUGUGGUCUACUCAGACUAUCAACGGCUGGAGCUGGAGAAGGAGUUCCACACGAAUCGUUACAUCACCAUUAAGCGUAAAAACGAGCUUGCUUACCAACUUCAGCUCACUGAUCGUCAGGUGAAAAUAUGGUUUCAAAAUCGACGUGCGAAAGACCGCAAGAUACGUAAAAAGCAGCAGGAACAACAGCUAAGAGAUCAUGAGCAGGCGCAGUUUGCGAUAGUUGCGGCCGCAGCGGCGAGCGGAGUGCCGAUUUAUUCAGCACCCGGAGGGGAAGUAAUGAUGCUGGGUAAUCAUCUCAUGCACGUCAAUGAUAAUGUUUCUUCCAUACCGCCGCCGCCGCCGCCGCCGCCGCCGACGCAACCGUUGCCUCCGCAGCCGCAGGUUCCGCAGCAGCCGCAGGUUCCGCAGCAGCCGCAGGUUCCGCAGCAACCGCAACCGCCGUCGCACUCUGUACAAUACCCGCACCAUACUAGUUCAAAUUAGGUAUUCGGCAAUGUUCUAACCCUCCUAAAUUCGAUUACCCGUCCAUUACAGGGUAGAGAUAGAAGUAAUAGUAUUACUAUAAUUGAUGCUAUGGAGGGGGAAGAGUAUACGCUUGUUGUAAAUAAAACGUUUGUAAAGAUACUCAAUGUCCGUUAUUCGUUAAUGGGCAACGUUAUUAUAACGACACAGUUUUAUGUACUAAAUCGCAUAGCUUUUUCACAGUCUGUGAUAAACGACGAUCCGAACGAUGAACGGUUCGCUCGUGGAUUACGGAUGUGGUCGUACGGAUUUCACAUUUGCAACGGAUUUUCGAUUCGCGCCCACGACAGUCCGCUAAUGUGAUCUCGAUUUAUUUAGAAUUUUUCUAGUUUUAUUUGUAGCCUUUUUCUAAUUUUUUGUUUGGACAUCAUUAAUACUUUCCUUCCAUUGAAGAAACGAAAUUGGAAUUGCGAAAGCUAUUAAUGAUACCACACAAUCCGUAGACUAUAUGAAUGCCUUCACACCUGAAGUCGAAUCUAAAUAUAUAAAUGACAUCUAGGUGUUUACCAAAUAUUUCGAAUAAUAAUUAUUAGUAUUUUUUGUUAUAGCGCUAAUAUUAAUAUUGGCCUAUGAUUUUGACAGUCGAUGUCAUUAAAAUAAGAAAUAUAUUUAGAUAUUCAUAUAGGCUACAAUGUUGUACAUAUAUUGUUGUACAUAUUUUGUAAU